AUGUGCUCUAUGUAUAAGAAGAGUGGCGCGUCCAGCUCGGGGCUUCACACAGCUACUCAGGAGAAACGAAAUGAUCUGCCCUGGAGCCGCAGCAAAAUGCUGGAUGGACACCUACUCCUGGGAUGGUUAUCGUUCACACUGGUAGUCCUUGUCUUCAACUUGCCGCCACCCAGCGCAGCCUAUUUCGGGCUGACAGGUAAUGAGCCGCUGUCUAUCCUGCCACUGAACUCUCUACCGGAGGAGAGUGUGGGCCGGGCCCACUACAAGCUGUGCGACCGGCUCAAACUGGAAAAGAAGCAGCGCAGGAUGUGCAGACGUGACCCGGGCGUGGCGGAGACCUUACGAGAGGCCAUCGCCACGAGCGCCUUAGAAUGCCAGUAUCAGUUCCGCUUCGAGAGGUGGAACUGCACCUUAGAGGGGCGCCACCGAGCCAACAUGCUCAAGAGAGGAUUCAAAGAGACCGCCUUCCUGUACGCCAUUUCCUCGGCAGGACUGACGCACGCCAUGGCCAAAGCGUGCAGCGCGGGCCGCAUGGAGCGUUGCACGUGCGACGAGGCGCCCGACCUGGAGAACCGCAAGGCGUGGCAGUGGGGCGGCUGCGGCGACAACCUGAAAUACGCCAACAAGUUUGUCAAGGACUUUCUGGGCAAACGCUCCAACAAGGACCUGCGUGCACGCGUGGACAUGCACAACACCAACGUGGGCCUGAAGGUAAUCAAGGCUGGCGUGGAGACCACCUGCAAGUGCCACGGCGUCUCCGGCUCCUGCACCGUCCAGACCUGCUGGAGGCAGCUGCAGCCCUUCCACGAGGUCAGCAAGCACCUCAAGCAGCGCUACGAGACCUCGGUCAAGGUGGGCAGCUCCACCAACGAGGCCACAGGGGAGGGCGACAUCUCCGCCACGGGCCGGAGCCAACAACAUCAGCAGCCGGCUCCGCCCCUGCAGGUCAACGACCAGAUCCCCCGCACCAUGGACCUGCUGCACAUCGAGGACUCGCCCAGCUUCUGCAGGCCCAGCAAGUACUCGUCGGGCACUGCCGCCCGCAAGUGCUACAAGGACAUGAACUGCGACGCUAUCUGCUGCGGGCGGGGCCACAACACGCAGAGCUGGGAGGUGACGCGGCCCUGCCAGUGCCAAGUGCGCUGGUGCUGCUAUGUGGAAUGCAAGCAGUGCACGCAGAGGGAGGAGGUGUACACCUGUAAGGGCUGAACGCCAUCACGGAAGUGGUGACACUGAUAAGCACUUUGAGGGAUUUUUUUUUGUUUGUUUUGUUUUUUUCAAAUUCAAAGACCAACUUCUUCUCAGACAACUGGGUGAACAUCUCAAGCCUUGACCAGACUCUGCUUUCCAAACAGUUCUUUUCACGUGCAAGCAUAGCCAAGAGACUGAAGGACGACGCAUGUGUGUUUGUAUUCGGAGACGGGGAUCCAUUGAUGACUUCCAACAAAAAACAGACAGGGUGUUAGAACUUUACACGCACAUAUCUACGCGCGCACACAUUGUGUGUUUGCAUAUGCAUGUAAAUAACUUUAUAAUAACGUUAUAUAUAUAUAUAUAUAUAUAUAUAUAUACAUAUAUAUCUAUAUUGUAAAGACAUUAUACAAGCCACUUAUCUAACUUUAUGUUAAAACAAACCACUAAACUGCACAGACGCUUUGCCGUUUGCGCGACCGUUUCCGCCGGUUGGAAGCUUUAAACGAGGACUUCUCCAUCACGUGGCGGGGAAAACAAAUCUAAACUUUUUUUUUUUUUUUUAAGUAAUACAUACAUUUGCAGCUGUAAGUUGCAUUAUACACUUAACUGGACGCUUUAUUAGGGACACCUGAACACCCAAGAGAUCCAAUACAAGAGCUGUAUGUACAAUUGUGCUGUAGAACCAGCUCUCAAGUGUGACACAGUGCAAUUCUGCAUUACCAACAGCAAUAAUAAACAAUGUUAAAUAAAUACACUAUGGGAAUUAUGGUCGGGCUAUAUAUUUUGGACAAGUCCACAUGAGAACAGUUUGGGGGUAAAGUUACCUUUUCUGUUCCCUGGUUUGAAUUUGCGCAGGUGAACCUAAUAUUGUGACUGAUGGGCGGAUGCAAAUGAGGAAUACAAAUAGUGUACGUCCCUCUGCCUUCAUCCGAACAACAUUCAGGGAAUGACUCGGACCACUACGACUGUUUAGGGUAACCAUCAAUCAUGAAGACGACAGCGGUCUUGCUAGAAAACUGUGGAUGGGCGUAGCCACCAUACGAUUACCAUUGAGCCAUAUUCCUCAUUUGCAUAAUCAGCCAGUCAUAGUAGACCGUGAAGAUUAAGGCUUCUGUAUUGUCUGCACUUAGCUUCUAGUAAUCGUCAUCUAUAAAAUAUACAGUAUAUAGGAACUUGUGUAUGCCUUGUUUGUGACUACUGAGUGAGGGGGGACCCAGCUUUGUAUGACAGCCUUCGUUCCCACACCGAAGCCCAGAAAGCCCCUUUUUGUAAAUAGGUUUCUUCUUCUGUGGUAAAAAGGCACAUGUUCAACUAUUUUAGGCAACAAGCUACAGUGAUACCCUGCAGUUCGUCCAAAACUGUUGCCAUCGUAAAACUGUAAUAAACAGACAAUGUUUACGGUCAGCUUUACAUUAUUAACUGCCAUACAGUUAGCAGGUCAAAUAUUACUUUCUUUAAAGACUCCCUUAACUCACGCAAGAAUUACAUGAAAUCAACUACUGAUGAUGUAAAACAAAGCUCACUCAUGAAUGAUUUGGCAGCUAGCACGAGAAGCCAAUGUAGCAGUCUACAUAUUUACUAAGUGCUCAUUGUCAUGUCAAAUGUAAAAUAUUUUAAACAUAACAUAGACAUGGAUAACACUUACGUUUCGGUGACAAGCAGCUAGCACGAGAAACUAACAUAGCAGUCUACAUCUCAACUCAGUACUCCAUGUCAAAUGUAAAACAUUUAAAACGUAACUAACACAAAUUGAACGCCACCUUUUGUUUCUAAUUGACAAGCAUGUGUCAGCUAUCAAGUCGACAGCUAGCAUUACUAGCUAAUGUAGCUAUCUACAUCCUGACUCCUUUUUGUCCGACAGCACAAACAGAUGGACUCAAAUGCAUAACACCGGUCACACAAGAUCUGAAUCUAAGUCAUUUGUGCACAAAAUGUUGGUCAGUAACGGUUCCGGCUGAGACUCCUAUGAAAAACAUGAGAAUAAGAAUAGCAAGUAGGAUCUUACCAAAAUGAAAUCACACCAGAUCUAAGUUGGCCAAUACUAGUGGAGAGUCCUUGUUUAAAACAAAAAUGGGAAGCACAAACCUAAACCUAUAUAUCCUUUGAAAUGAGGUCAGGUGACGUGCAACACGUUGAAUGUCCAAAUGCAUAAUUUUACCCAAAAAUCAGUUUUAGGGAGUUAGAACUUCAGGGUACCACUGUACAGACUCUAAUCAUAGAUACUGCACCAUGCAACCGUGGUCCAGAAUUUGAAGCAUUUCGAUAAGCAAAUAAAAGACACACACAGAAGUUUGCACGCUACAUGCAAACCAUAAUAACUAUGCAGCGCAAAUGCCUGCUUGCCACAGCACACUUUUGGUAUGUGCUCAGCCCCCCUCCACCAAGAAAACACCAACUUCUCUUGGCUGGUGAACCCGUUGAAGACAAACAGGAAUACCAAAUGCCCACUGAGUGCAUUCUUUUGGCUUUGUUUAUAGAUUGUACAUACGGAGAAUGAUGCGGCAAAAGGAUGCUGAUGUCAUACCACAUUCUCAAAAUCCAAAACUCUGCACUGUUUAGUUAGCAGUAGACCAUGUACAAAAAAAAUCUAUUUUGUAGAAAAAAAUAAAUUAUUUUUUAAAUAUAUUAUGAGCAUGUGUUUAGUGUAAAUAUGACUCCAUUGAUUUUAUAUCCUGUAUUUUUUUGUUUGUUUGUUUGUUUAUUUUCAAGACACAUGUAUCCAUAUGCAAACUUGCUGUUUUUUCAAAGCACUAACAAAAUCCUAACAAAUCUGUAUUCAUGUGCACCAUCACAACAAUAUUUCCAUUGGAUUUGAUCUGUUUGUAUAAUCUACUAUUUUGUGAAAAGUCUUUAUAGAUUGUUGUCACUUUUGCAAGUACUUUUUGUUUUUGUUCGGUCUUGUGCCUUUCGUGCACAAAACACACACCCCGAUACCAACACACCAACAAGGUUUUUGUCUUGUCUUAUGGGAACCCUAAAUUAUUGUCCUCUACCUCAUGUGUAUAGCUCGUAGAUAUAAGCAGAUCACAAGUGACUGGUAAGAAUGUAUUUAAGUUAUUUAACAUCUUUGUAUAACAAAGGC